GUCCCGCUCAUUUGAUCGCAUUCUGAAGUUAGGGUUUUAAUCUCACCUUCAUGGACAGAGAAAUAUCAGAAUGGAUCCUCGAAUUUAUUAUCAGAGAACUAAACGAAGAUCGUCUGUUGAAUGCUUUACUUUCUGUUCUUCCUUUACCAGGCUACAGUCCCCGCCUGAUGAAAACAAUACUGUUGAGGAGAAUCCUUUCGGAAAUCUCAACUGGUUUGGUCUCAGAAAGGACUCUGGAAUCUCUGGAAAUGAUUGAAGAGUUAGAUUUCGGAGAGGGAGAAGCAGUUUUGGAUUCGAUGAAAGCGGCUUAUUGUGCGGUGGCAGUGGAUUGCACGGCUAGGUUCCUGAGAGAGAAAUUGGACAGGGAUGAUGCAGUUAAGAAGAUUUGGACUCUUGGGAUUGAUCCGAUGGAAAAAUCGGAGAAUGUUGGUUUGGUUUCGGAUCUGUUGAAGGAUUGGAGGGAACAAAUUGAGACAGCGACAUUUGAUGAAAAUGUCCGUGAGAAGAUUUUGAUGAAAGACACUCGCGGUGAUGCUCUUAAAUUGGUCAGAGAUUACUUAGAAGAGGCUUGGAAAGCCAUGGGCCCUUCAUUUCUGGAGUUUGUCUAUCAAAUGAUAUAUGAGGGGGAGGAAGGAGGGCUAAGUAUGGAUUGUCCUUCGACCGACAAUGAAAUUGGAGAGGAAGCUGUGGGUUUAGCUGACGUGCCUAAGGGGUUGAAGGACGAUAAUGGAGUUGCAUCUGGAGAUAAUUGUAGCAAUAUGCUUGUAGAUUCUGCGGAGAACAACCAGGAAGCGAUGCUUCAAUCUUCGAAAUUAGAAAAAGCUGGGGACGGGAUAACAGGUAAUAUAUAUGACUGCCUGCCGGCUACUGAAGUUAAUAGAGUUAAGGAAGCGCUUCGAUCGAGCUCUAUGGAACUUCGCGCAUUGGUGAAAGAUCCUCUUCCCCAAGCAUUAGAUUUUGCAACAAGAGUUGUUUCUAAUAUUGAAAAUGAAAAGAAGAAUAUUGAGCCCUUAGAAGAAAACCAAAAUGUGAUGGAUCUGGAACCCAACUGUCUUGUUGAUGAGGAUGUUGGAGCUGUUGAAGCCAAGGAAAAGGUUUGUGGUGGUAGCCAUGCUAGGCAUCAGAAUGAUGUGCAGAGACCGAGCUUAAUGGAAAAGAAUAGUUCUGCCCGUACUUAUGAGUGGGAUGAUGAUUCAAUUUGGGAUUCACCUAAACGUUCUGGGAGAUUUCACCUUCGUAGCCCAAAGAAAAGGCCUGCUUCUCCUUUGAAGAAACUUGAAAUCACUAAAUUUGCUAGAAGGAGACAAAUUAAGAAAUGGAGUUCAUUGGAAGAGGAAACUUUAAGAAAUGGUGUUGAAAAGUAUGGAAGAGGGAAUUGGAAACUCAUCUUAAAUAGCAACCGAGAAAUAUUUACGGAGAGAACUGAGGUUGAUCUAAAGGACAAGUGGCGAAAUAUGAUUAAAUAAUAUUUUACUUAACUUGUUGGAUCCUUAUGAAAGAGGUACAUGCCCACUUCUUGUUUUCAUUUACCCUCCUUUUCUUUUCGUUUAUCAUCUUGUUCCCCCAUAUAUAAUCUUAUGUGCGAGAAAGGGGUUU